AAUUUCCCGUGUACGACCGUCGACCGCGUCGGUGCGCAACUUUGCGACAUCCACUUGGACUGGCACUAUCUCGGAACUGCUUUGGUCCACAACAAUGUCUCAAAUUGUGGAGAAAAAGGCCAAGAAACGCAAACACGCGGCCGCUGACAUUGACGAGGCAGAACCGUCUACCAAACGACACAAGAAAGAGAAGGACAGGUCGAAGAAGAGAGACAAGGGCAAAGGAAAGGCGAGCGAGGAGUUUCGAGUAGUGCGCGCGUCGAUGCACAUCUCCAUACCUCCUGUGUUCUCGAAUAGCCUCCGUUCGGGUGCGGAGGAAAUGCUGGACUCACUGCUCAUGAGAUAUAUACCAGCCCUUCACGGCGUCGUCCUCGCGCAUGACAACCUGGAGUUUCUGAGCUCAACCGCUACGCUGAAGGCAGAUUGUCCAUUCGCGAAUUGCCAAAUCGCAUUCGAUGCCACAGUAUGGAGUCCACACAUUGGGAUGAAGCUAGUCGGCAAAGUCAACUUGUGCUCUCCAGACCACGUCGCUCUACUCGUACACCGUACAUUCAAUGUCUCAAUACCUCGACAUCACAUACCAACCGAUCAAUGGGAGUUCGAAUACGGGCCUGCAGACAACGAUCCUGAAUUCGGCGCGGACGCCCCACAAGACGGCGCCAACUCGGACGGCGGAACAGCCAACAUGGAACGGGGAGGGAGAUGGGUGCACGGUGUUACAGCGGCUACACUUGGUGGGGAUGAUGGUUACAUCGAGUUCACUGUGGUCGGGUAUGUUGCUCCAUCCCAGUCUUGAGAACACCCUCUGACCUCCUCGCAGUCUCACCAUAGCGAACCAGAUGCUAUCUCUCCUCGGCUCAAUACAAGUCGAUCCAUUCUCUCCUGACCACCAGCCUGCUCCACCGACACAAACUGCGACCAGUUCGCGCGAGGUAUCCCGUGUGCUCGCUGGACCUAUUGAGGACGACGUCGCCGUCGAUGAGCUCGACCUCGACGAAGGUAUGGGCACCGACGAGGAGGACACCUUCGGCAUGCUUGGUCG